AUGUCUCAUUUAGAGUCGAGCGUUGAGUGUCUGUACGGACAUGGCAACGAGUCCGAAGAGGAAGCAGAGAACUUGGAAAUCAUGGAAAACGUGGCCAAAAAUGAAUUUGGUGAAUUUUUUAGUUCAUUAGUUAAAAAUUUAUCUGAAAAUGAUGUAAUUGUAAUUGUUAAUGGAAUCGUUUCCAACAAAAAUAACUACUAUCGUGUUUACGUUCAACCAGAAAAUAAUUCCUCUGUUUUCUUAUUUAAGUUGAAUAGCUUAUCUUCAGAAACAAAUUUAUUUCCAAAUGAAAAUCUUUCUAAAAUUUCUGGAACCGGGAUUUAUUCAAUAUUUGGUUACGUAAGACAAACUGCAAUUUCUGAUUACAAAGAAUGCAUGUGGCUAAGAAUAAAAUGUUUUGAUAAAUCUUUGAUUAAUAUUCUCAUAUAUCCAUUUGCUGUUCAUGAUAAUAGAAAAUUAAAAAAUUUUGAAAAGUCUUCAAAUCAAGUUGAUAUCUUAGUAGAAAAUCCAUGUGAUAAUUUCAUGUCAUUGGUAUUUGAUCAAAAAAUACUCUUAAGAAAUGUGAAAGUAAACCGUGUAGAUAAUUCUGAUUGUUUUUUAUUAUGUGUUCAAGGAAUAACAGAUAAUUUAAAAAUAAGUGUGUACCCAAUUCAUCUUCAAACUGUUAUGCAAAAUUACUACGUUCCCGUGAUAAUAAAUGUUCAUCCAAUUUUGCGAAAAAAAGAGUUGGUAAAAGAACUAAUUGUUCUAAAGAAAAUAUCACAAAUAAACCAAGAAAAAUUUAUUGAAUUAAAAAAAUUUACUCCAAACGUUGAUGGAAUGUAUUUUUUUUUAUCUAGCAACAAUCUUGAUGCAUUUGAUAGUAAUAUAUCCAACCCGGGUCCACAUUUGCAAAUAUUACAUUUGAAUUAUCUCAAAGAAGAAAAAUCGUUGAGAGGGUGUGCCAUACGAUGUAUUGGUCCUUGUAGGCCUAUAAAUAUUGAACCGAAUCUUAUACUGGAUGAUAACGAUAGUUCAGACUUUCUGUCCGGUUAUUGUGAUAAUUGUUUUUCUUUCACGCCUAAAUCUUAUCUGAUACCCUGCAAGAUCCUAUCAAAUGAAGAAUAUAAAUGUUCUAAAUGCUAUAAUUUUGUUUAUCUUCAUUUUUUUUUCAAUUUAUACUUUUUAUAUGGGAAAAAUGAAACUCAAGCUAUAAAAAUAUCCUGUUAUAGUAAGACGGCUGAACGCAUUUUAAAAAAACUAUCAAAGAAAAAUAUCAAACUUGAAGAUUAUUUAUUGAAUUAUAAUUGUAGAAAAUUGGUUUUAAAUACUAUGAGAAAGUUUAUGCUCAAGAAAACUAAAGUUAAUUUAAUUGUUUUGAAUUCACCACUUGAUAAUACAUUUGUACUUGUUUCCCUAAGUACCAAAAAUAUCAUGAAUAAUUAG